AUGCCCCUAGAUGAAGACGAUGGCGUGGAACUUGAGCCCCUUCAUCGACCCGAGAUUAUGGAGGAAAGGGAAGCUGAUGCCGGUCUUCUACGACGGUCCUUGAACGACGAUGCAUCCAACGACGAAGACUUGUCGGCAUCUCAAAGCGGCCAGCAUGGGCGAGUCCAUCAAGCGCUGGAUCGAAGCACGAAGCGGAAGCUGGACUGCAUCUUGCUGCCAUUUCUGGCCCUACUCUUCCUGCUGAAUAGCCUCGACAAGUCUAACGUUGGGAACGCGGAGACUGCUGGCUUCACUCGCGAUGCUGGCCUCCAACCGGACGAUCUAAACACAUCCAUGGGCUACUUCUUUGCUUUCUUCGUUGCUCUCCAGCCUGUGGGUGCAGCUUUAGGUCGCAAAUUUGGCAUGAGACGAUGGGUGCCCGGCUGCAUGACUCUUUGGGGAAUGUGCACUCUGCUGCAUAUCUGGAUUCGGAGGAAGUGGCAGCUAAUCUGUCUAAGAAUACUGAUUGCGGCGUUGGAGGCAGGCUUCUAUCCGACUACUGUGAAUUAUUUGAGCUUGUUCUACACCAGAUAUGAGUUCGCCGUGAGGCUUGGCUUCUUUUAUGGCCAAACGGCAGUGGCAGGCGUUCUCGGUGGCAUCUUGAGCUGGGGUGUGUUCAGUCGCUUCGAGAAAGGUCCCUCUCGCCCAGACAUACCUCCUCCGGUCACUCAGGCCAUCGACGGGGAGUGGAGGAGCUGGGAGGUGCUCUUCUUGAUCGAAGGUUGCACGACCAUGUUUGUUGCUCUCAUUGGGUUCUUCUGGCUCCCGCACAGUGCAGACUCAGCAUGGUUCUUUACGGCUCAAGAGAGACGCUGGGCUGAGCAACGUAUCCGUCUCGAUCAGCUGAGCGCUACAAACAUUUCCUCGAGAUCAAUCAGCGUUUCCGCCGUUGACGAAGUGCUCGAUGAAGCACCUGCUGAGGAAGACCUUGACAGCGAAGCCCACCACGGCCUUCUUCACACCUCCAAGGCCGCUCAUCGUCGGAUGUCAACGGCUACUGGUGCUUCUGUGACGGAGGACUCUGGUCUCAGCAGGCACGAUGUACUGUCCGCCUUCCUCAACUACAAGAUCUGGCACAUCCUGGCCGUCAAUAUCUUAUCUGCGAUUCCGGCGACUGCCUUUGGCGUAUUCUUACCUCUGGUCAUCAAGCAGCUUUCUCCCUCAUUGAAUCUGUCGCCUUCAGCUUCGAAUCUCUUAUCAGCGCCGCCCUUCGCAUGUGGAGCAGUGGCACUAUUUGUCUUCACAAGAUGGUCGGACCACUCGAAACAGCGCCUUGUGCCCAUCUUCUGGGGCCUUGGUCUCUUGCUCCUCGGACUUCUACUUACGCUCCUUAUCCCAAAAGAGCGUUACGGCUUCCGCUACUUCGCACUAUGCAUCCUACUAAGUGGCAGCUUCAUCGCUUCACCUCUCACGGUGGCCUGGAUUACCAAUAAUACCCCCGAGCAAGGCAAGCGAGCCAUCCUACUCGGCAUCAACGGCUGGGGCAAUCUGGCCGGUAUCUUUCUGGCGUUACUGUUCACGCCUGAAGAUAGGAAGAACGGCUACAUCCGACCCUUCAUCAUCACGCUUGUGUGCGUGAUGGCGAGCUUUGUGGGCUAUAUUGCCUUUUGGGUCAUGUUGGUGCGGGAGAACAAGCGGCGAGCGGAUAUUGUCGCAGGUUGGGACGAGAAUCUGACGGAACGUGAGGAGGUGUUGGGAGAUGUUCCUGUCCCCACAACGGGUCUUGCGAGAGUCUGGAAAGCAACAGGUUUUGAGGCCGUUGCUCGUAGACUUGGCCUCGAAGACGUACGAAAGGGCGACGGGAAGAUGACAUUCAGGUACGGCUUGUAG